CUGGGCCAUUCCAGGCAGGAGUGACAAUGUGUCACCUUUCCCCAGAGCCUGGCCCCACUGCCAGGGAAGGGCCAGACUGCACUGGGGCUGAUCUCAUACGAACACCCCAGAUCUCCAGAAGCUCCAGGAGCCCAAACACCAGCAGUAGACCAAAUCCCGGGAGCUGCCUGCAACCAUGUUGGCCCUCAGCCUGCUCAUGCUGGGUCUGCUCACCUCAGUGCCACCUGCCAGCUGUCAACAAGGUCUAGGGAACCUUCAGCCCUGGAUGCAGGGCCUCAUUGCAGUAGCCGUGUUCCUGGUCCUUGUUGCAAUCGUCUUUGCUGUCAAUCACUUCUGGUGCCAGGAAGAGCCGGAGCCUGGGAACAUGAUCAUGACCAUUGGAAACAAGGCAGAUGGAGUCCUGGUGGGAAUGGACGGCAGGUAUUCUUCAGUGGCAUCCAGCUUCAGGUCCAGUGAGCACAAGAAUGCCUACGAGAAUGUGCUGGAGGAGGAGGGCAGGGUCCGAAGCACACCUGUGUGACAUGCUGGCCUGUGGCUCCAGACCCCAGGCUAUACAGAACCUAGGGUUGAUGCCAUUGCCUCACCCAGUCCCUGCUGUUUGGGAAUCUACCAAAACAGGUUGACCCUCUCAGCCCUCCUGAAUCAUAAUCAGCCAGGCUACAGCUCAGACUCAGCUGAUCACAGGCUGGGUGGGGUGUGGUCCUGGGGUCUUCCUAGGGUUUCCCAUCCAAUUCUGAAGAGCCUUUUAAAAGAUACCCAGUUCAGUCCCUCCCAUCUUGCCUCUCAUCCUCCUGCAACUAUGGAAGUGGCCCUUGUUUCCGUGAAAUAAAGACUUUUUAUAUUUUGGGGCUGAGGCUAAGGCAUAGCCCUUAGGCUUCCA